GCGAAACCUUUCCAACAGGUCCAAGGAGCUUCACACACGGAUAUACCAUCCCAUGUGGGUUGUGAACACAUCUCAGCUGAGCUACCGUGAAGCAACAAGGUGAGAUGUUCCCACUGCCGAUGUUCACGCCCGACCAGGUCGCCCGGGUGUGCGAGAACCUGGAGGAGACCGGGGACAUCGAGCGCCUGGGUCGGUUCCUCUGGUCGCUGCCUGCCGCCGUGCCGGGCUCUGCGGGGGAGGCGCUCAACCGGCACGAGUCUGUGAUGCGAGCGAGAGCGCUGGUCGCCUUCCACACCGGAAACUUUGAGGCGCUUUAUCAGAUCCUCCAGAGCCACAGGUUUACCCGUGAGUCGCAUGCCAAGCUGCAAGACCUCUGGCUGGAUGCGCACUACAGAGAGGCGGAAAGGCUGAGAGGGCGGCCGCUGGGCCCGGUGGAGAAGUAUCGGAUCAGGAAGAAGUUUCCGUUGCCCCGCACCAUUUGGGAUGGCGAGCAAAAGACGCACUGCUUUAAGGAACGGACUCGGAGCUUGUUGAGAGAGUGGUAUCUCCAAGAUCCCUACCCCAACCCGUCCAGGAAACGCCACUUGGCCCAGGCCACGGGUCUCACGCCUACACAAGUCGGUAACUGGUUCAAGAACCGCCGCCAAAGAGACCGCGCCGCAUCGGCAAAAAACAGGCUUCAACAGGAUCCAUCCGUCCUGCCGUCGGAAAGCUCCACAGACGGCGCCCUGCAAGAGCGGCACCCCCACCCCCACCUGCUGCCUACUUCCCCUCGCCACCUCGGCAGCCCAGAGGCAAGCGACUGCAGCACAGAGACGGAGCGCAGAGGGACGGGGGCGUCUACACCAGAGAUCUCAGUCAGCAGCGACGGCGAGUUUGAAUCUUGAGAUGAUUCAAUUUUAUAUAUAUACAUAUAUAUACGCAACACAAAAACACAACACUGGAGACGAUGAGAUGAUGGACAUACUACAACUGCUUAAACAGAGAAGAAAAGCGGCAGGAGAACUUCUGCCUCUGAACAGACUUUGUACAAGGAAUAAUGCACUUAAAAAAAGCACUGAGAAGGGUGCUGGUCAUUUCGCUCCUUUACUAUGUU